AUGCCGAUCCCGUUCCUCAUCCACGCCUACAACUAUGGCCUGCCGGAGUGGUUCCCGGACCCGUGGAAGCUCGCCGGGGUCACGGGGGCCGUGGGCGCCCUCGCCAUCACCAAGCGCUACUUCAACGGCGCCCUGAACCUCACCGAGCGCAACAUGCACGGCCGCGUGGUCAUGAUGACGGGCGGCACCUCGGGCGUGGGCGCCGCCGCGGCGCUGGAGCUGGCCAGGCGCGGCGCCCAGCUGGUCCUGCUCACGCAGCUGCCCGCCUCGGACCCGUUCCUCGUCGAGUACGUCGACGACCUGCGCGCCAAGACCGAGAACCAGCUCAUCUACGCCGAGCAGGUCGACCUGGCCGACCUGCACAGCGUGCGCCAGUUCGCGACCAGGUGGAUCGACAACGCCCCGCCGCGGCGCCUCGACAUGAUCGUCCUGUGCGCCGCGACGCUCACGCCGCCCGGCGGCAGCCGCGAGGAGACCCCCGAGGGCGUCGAGCUCACCUGGAUGGUCAACUACCUGGCCAACUACCACCUGCUGGCCAUCCUCAGCCCGGCCAUCAAGGCGCAGCCCUUCGACCGCGACGUCCGCGUCAUCAUAUCCACCUGCUCGAGCUACAUCCGGUCGCCGCCGCUGCGGGACGCCCAGGCACACGCUCUGGACAAGAAGGGCUGGUCGCCGGCCGCCGCGCACGCGAGCAGCAAGCUGGCGCUCAUGACGUUCGGCCAGGCGUUCCAGAAGCACCUGGACACGUACAAGAGGCCGGACGGCCUGCCCAUGAACGCGAAGGUGGUCUUCGUGGACCCGGGUUUCGCCAGGACGCCGGGUAUGAGGAGGUGGAUUACGAGGGGCUCUCUGUGGGGGCUGUUCGUCUACCUGAUAUCCUACUUCCUGUGUUGGUUAUUCCUAAAGAGCCCGUUCAUGGCCGCACAGUCUAUUUUAUUCGGGGCCUGGGAUGGGAGCGUCAUCAGGGACCCAGGCGGCAAGAUAUUCAAGGAAUGCAUCGAGGUGGACUGCGCGAGGACAGACGUCAAAGACGAGGAGGUUGCAAAGAAGCUGUGGGAGUCGAGCGACAAGCUCGUGGAGACGGUGGAGAAGCAGGCCGCGCUGAAGAGGGCACAGGAGAAGAAGGCACGUGAGGAGAAGGAGAAGAGUGAGAAGGCCGAGCAGGAGAGGAAACAGAGGGCAGAAGAGAUCGAGGCGUUAGUCGACACUAUCAAGAAGGGAAAGGCCAAGGAGAAGGAGAAGGAGAAAGAAGCUGACAAAAGGACCAAGUACAGAAAGGCCAAAUUUGGGCACAAGGCUGUCCAAUAA